AAACCCUAUAUAUAGGACACUUUCAUGCAAAGACUGCUUGCGAAGAACCUUCUUAAUAUAGCAUAAGCACAAGGCCAUGGGUGUGAUCUCAUCAAAAUGGGUUUCUUUUCUUCUGCUUCUCUUGUGCAUUGUCCUUCAUUUGAGUGCAAUCAGCCUUGGUGAUGACAAGCUUGACAAAACUAGAUAUCGAGACGAUGACUGUAGGUGGAAUCCAAGACGUUGUGGAGGCCGCUUUGGUGGUGGACGUGGGGGAGGACUAGGAGGUGGUGGUGGUAGAGGUGGUGGCUUUGGCGGUGGAGCCGGAAGAGGAGGAGGGCUUGGCGGUGGUGGUGGUAAAGGUGGUGGCUUUGGCGGUGGAGCCGGAGGAGGAGGAGGGCUUGGAGGUGGUGGUGGUAGAGGUGGUGGAGCUGGAGGAGGAGGAGGACUUGGUGGUGGUGGUGGUGGUGGUAAAGGUGGUGGCUUUGGUGGUGGAGCUGGAGGAGGAGGAGGGCUUGGUGGCGGUGCUGGAGGGGGUGUUGGAGGAGGUGGUGGCUUUGGUGGUGGUGGAGGAGGAGGUGUUGGAGGUGGAGCUGGUCAUGGUGGAGGAUUUGGGGCUGGAGGAGGUGUAGGUGGCGGAGCUGGAGGUGGUACUGGUGGAGGUGGUGGUUUUGGUGGAGGUGGUGGAGGUGGUGUUGGUGGUGGGUCAGGACAUGGUGGAGGCUUUGGAGCUGGAGGAGGCGUAGGAGGCGGAGCUGGAGGUGCUGGUGGUGGUGGAGGAGGUGGAGGAGGAGGUGGUGGCGGUGGUAUUGGUGGUAGUUCAGGUCACGGUGGGGGCUUUGGAGCUGGAGGUGGUGUAGGUGGUGGCCUCGGAGGUGGUGCCGGAGGAGGUGGUGGUGGAGGUGGUGGAGGAGGUGGAGGUCUAGGUGGUGGAUCAGGCCAUGGUGGUGGCUUUGGAGCGGGUGGAGGUCUCGGAGGUGGAGCUGGUGGAGGUUUAGGUGGAGGUGGAGGUGGAGGUGCAGGAGGUGGGCAUGGUGGUGGAGCUGGUGGAGGAUUUGGAGUUGGGAUUGGCAUUGGUGUAGGAGUUGGGGCUGGUGCCGGCCACGGGUCUGGAAGUGGUUCGGGCGGUGGUGGAGGCGGACACUAAACAUGCUUCACCUUGGAAACCAAGCUUUUUGGCAAUAUGAAAUGGACAAUGCAAGUAAACUAGAAAAAUAUCAGCUUGAAUUCUAAAGCAUCUUUUGUGAUGUCAGUUUGUACGCUUAAUGUUGUAAACUUGUGUUCUCAUAAAUUUCUCCUUGGUGCUUCCCAAUUACUCGGAUUUAUGUAUGGUCACUAAGAAAUUAAUUCGCAAUAAAGCCCUUCUUUUCUGUGUU